AUGCAGUGGCGAAUCUCGGGAGAGAGGGCGGCUCCUUCCUCCGUCUGGGCGGAGCCGGCCGCGGAUUUCAUCAUGCUGGGGGCCGGGCCUCGUCCUCUUCCAGCGGCGGCGCUGCUGCUUCUCCAUGCCGUGGGCCCUUAGCCGCUGCCGCCGCCUCCUCCUCCUCGCCCUCCGCAAGCGCCGGCCCUUCGCUCCCUUCGCCUCCUCCGCGCUGCUUCACUCCGCCGGCAGGCCCCGCGUGGCUGCUUCCCACCCCAGCAUGGACGGCCUUCCCGCCGCCGAGGCGCUCCUGGCCCCGCUCCGCCAGGCCGUGCGGCAGCAGGGAGAACUUGUUCGAAAAUUGAAGGAAGAAAAGGCUCCUCAGGUGGAUGUAGACAGAGCAGUGGCUGAACUCAAGGCUCGGAAGAGAAUCCUAGAAGCAAAGGAACUUGCUUUGCAGCCUAAGGAUGAUAUAGUAGACAGAGCAAAAAUGGAAGAUACCCUGAAGCGAAGAUUUUUCUAUGAUCAGGCCUUUUCUAUUUAUGGAGGUGUGAGUGGCCUGUAUGAUUUUGGUCCAGUUGGGUGUGCUUUGAAGAAUAACAUAAUUCAAGCCUGGAGGCAGCACUUUAUCCAGGAAGAGCAGAUUCUUGAGAUUGACUGCACCAUGCUCACACCAGAAUCUGUUCUGAAGACCUCUGGCCAUGUAGACAAAUUUGCAGAUUUCAUGGUGAAGGAUGUGAAAAAUGGGGAGUGCUUUCGAGCUGAUCAUCUCCUUAAAGCUCACUUACAGAAGCUGAUGUCUGACAAGAAGUGUACAGCAGAGAAAAAGACUGAGAUGGAGAAUGUGCUAACACAGCUGGACAACUAUGGCCAGGAAGAGCUCGCAGACCUGUUCAUGAAUUACAACGUGAAGUCUCCUACUACAGGAAAUGAUCUCUCUCCUCCUGUAUCAUUCAACCUUAUGUUCAAGACCUCAAUUGGACCAGGAGGAAACAUGCCAGGUUAUCUGAGGCCAGAAACGGCACAGGGGAUCUUCCUGAACUUCAAACGCCUUUUGGAAUUCAACCAAGGCAAGCUGCCUUUUGCUGCGGCUCAGAUUGGAAAUUCCUUCAGGAACGAGAUCUCUCCUCGCUCAGGCCUCAUCAGAGUCAGAGAAUUUACCAUGGCAGAAAUUGAGCAUUUUGUGGAUCCCAAUGAGAAAGAUCACCCUAGGUUCCAGAAUGUAGCAGAUCUCCACAUCCUCCUGUAUUCCUCCAAGGCCCAGACCAGUGGGCAGUCUGCUCGGGUCAUGCGCCUGGGGGAUGCUGUUGAGCAGGGCGUAAUCAAUAACUCGGUGCUGGGUUACUUCAUUGGCCGCAUCUACCUCUACCUUGUAAAAGUCGGCAUCUCCCCAAACAUGCUGCGCUUCCGGCAGCAUAUGGAGAACGAGAUGGCUCAUUAUGCUUGUGACUGCUGGGAUGCAGAGUCCAAAACAUCCUAUGGGUGGAUUGAAAUUGUUGGCUGUGCUGACCGUUCCUGCUAUGACCUCUCCUGCCAUGCCAGAGCCACCAAAGUUCCUCUCGUAGCUGAGAAGCCUCUGAAGGAACCCAUAUCAGCAAAUGUUGUUCAGUUUGAGGCAAAUAAGGGAACAAUUGGCAAGGCUUAUAAGAAGGAUGCCAAGCUGGUGUUGGAAUACCUUUCCAUCUGCGAUGAAUGUUACAUCUGUGAGAUGGAGAAACUAUUGAAUGAAAAAGGGGAAUUUACUAUUGAAACUGAAGGGAAAACUUUUCAAUUAACAAAGGACAUGGUCAGUGUGAAGAGAUUCCAGAAGACAUUACAUGUGGAAGAAAUAGUUCCCAAUGUAAUCGAGCCUUCGUUUGGUAUCGGAAGAAUCAUGUAUACAGUAUUUGAGCAUACAUUCCGUAUCCGGGAAGGAGAUGAGCAGCGAACGUACUUCAGCUUCCCUGCUGUCGUGUCGCCAUACAAAUGCUCUGUCCUUCCCUUGAGCCAAAACCAGGAAUUCAUACCAUUUGUGAAGGAAUUAGCGGAAGCUCUUACCCGAAACGGAGUCUCCCACAAAGUGGAUGACUCUUCCGGGUCCAUCGGCAGGCGCUAUGCCAGAACGGAUGAGAUCGGGGUGGCUUUCGGGAUCACAAUUGACUUCGACACAGUCAACAGGACGCCGCACACAGCCACCUUAAGGGAUCGCGACUCCAUGCGCCAGAUCCGGGCCGAGAUCUCUGAGCUUCCUGUCAUAGUCCGGGACCUUGCCAAUGGUCACAUAACCUGGUCUGACGUGGAGGCCAAGUAUCCACUCUUUGAGGGACAAGAAACUGGCAAAAAGGAGACAAUAGGGGAAUAAAGCCAAUUACGUGAAAUUCAAAACUUAUGAAUGAAGAAGUCCACUUUUUACCGUUCAUGUAAUACGAAAUUUAUCAUGUGUAUUCUUCAAAGCGGCGUCAUUUGCGCUCCCAGGGACUUUCCGGUUACUCCCCUUCCCCCUCAUCCAUUGCUGCCUAAUUUUAAGUCUCAUCUCCAGAAACCACAAUUAAAAUGAAUGAAAAUAAACAGCCA